UCCGUCGCAAGAGAACCCCAAGAGGAGAAAGAGCGGCGAAGAAAAUGGUGCAGCGUCUUGUAUACCGGUCGCGACACAGCUACGCCACCAAAUCGAACCAGCACCGUAUCGUCAAAACUCCUGGAGGCAAAUUGGUGUAUCAAACCACCAAGAAGAGAGCCAGUGGCCCCAAAUGCCCUGUUACAGGCAAGCGUAUCCAUGGAAUUCCUCACUUGAGGCCUACAGAAUACAAGAGGUCUAGGUUAUCAAGAAACAGGAGGACUGUGAACCGUGCUUAUGGUGGAGUCUUGUCUGCUUUGGCAGUCAGGGAAAGGAUCGUACGAGCAUUUCUUGUUGAAGAGCAGAAGAUCGUGAAGAAAGUUUUGAAACUCCAAAAGGCUAAGGAGAAAGUAGCUACCAAGGCUUGAGGGUUUUACGUUUUUUAUUUUAUUUUGGGGAUACAUCUUUUUCACUUAUCUUUGUCUCUGACAUUAUAAAUUACAUACAUUUUUACCUGUCCUAGUGUCUUUUACAUUUUAGUUUGAUUGACACUUAUAAGUACGUAGUGCCAUUGCUGAUAUAUAGAA